AUGGCUGCACAUCUGAUGCAUACAGUAACAUUCCUGAACUGUUUGUGUGUUGCAGAUUCUACAUGUACCUUUGAAGAGGAUAGCUGUGGUUGGUUUGAGAACGUGUCUAAUGAUAACUUUGAUUGGAUCAGGAGUUCAAGCAGUGCUUUACCUUCAAAUAUCAAGAAUCAGGCCCCUGCUCAAGAUCACACCAGCAAUACAGCUGAAGGACACUUCAUGUUUAUUCUGAACGACAAGAGCAACUUUUUUCAGACCGCAGAACUGGCCAGUCCCCGAUUCAACCAGUCAGGCACAGGAUGUACCAUGUCUUUUUGGUAUUACAAUUAUGGGCAGGCUGUAGGGGCAGCAAAGAUGUAUCUGGACGUCGAUGGUGUGCAGACUCGUACUGUGGUGUGGUGGACUUACAAUACUCAGUACAAUCAGUGGUUGCAAGGUUCUGUGCAGCUCGGGCGUCUAACGCGACCCUUCUAUCUUACGUUGGUGAAAGUCAGCCUGAGCAUCUAUGAUGGUGUGGCAGCAAUGGACGAUAUCAUGUUUGUCAACUGCUCCCUCCCACCAGCUGUAGACAACUGUGAAGGCACAAACUGGUUUUGGUGUGAAGAAACCAGAGCUUGCAUUGACCAGUUACGAGUGUGUGACCUUGUAGAUGACUGUGGUGAUGGUUCUGAUGAAGACAACUGUGCUCAUGAUCUGCUUUGUAAUUUUGAAAAUGGGCUGUGUAACUGGCAGCAAGCUAAAGAAGAUGAUUUUAACUGGACAAGAAAUAAGGGACAAACUUCAACAGUCAAUACAGGGCCAUCCAAAGACCACACACUGGGGACAGCAGAAGGCUACUACCUUUACAUUGAAGCAUCUGACCAACAAUUUGGAAGUACAGCUGUUCUCCUCAGCCCAGUCUUGGAUGCCACUGUUAAUCAUAUCAACAAGACCUGCAUCUUUCGCUUCAAUUAUCACAUGUUUGGAGAACAGAUUUUUAGGCUGGCAAUUCGCAAAAGGACAUUCCGCAAUAUGAAGGGUGAGGAACUUUGGGCAAAAUAUGGUGACCAUGGUGACAUUUGGAUAAGAGAGACUCUAUUUAUCAAUAGUUCUCAACCAUUCCAGAUAUUAAUGGAAGGUACUGUGGGAGAUAACUUAGGAGGAGACAUUGGAAUUGACGACCUAUCCUUCAUGGAUUGUACUCUCUAUAAUGGUGAUUUACCAGCAGCAGUUCCAACAACACCAUCAGGACCAUCCAGAUCUUCCACACUCCCGCCCAAUAACUGCACGGCCAAUGAAUUUAUUUGUAAAACAAACGGGCAGUGUGUUGACAUCAUCAAGAAGUGUGACUUCAGAGACGAUUGUUCAGACAAGACAGAUGAAUUGCCCUGUGUAAGUAAGACCUGUGAUUUCGAUAGUGGGACCUUGUGCGGUUGGAAGCAGCAGAUAGAUUCAUCAGCAGCUGAAAAUAUUUUUCAAUGGUUCACUGGACAAGGUUCUGGUAUACACCCAGGAGAAGUGGGUAACAGACCAUCUACAGAUCACACGAUGGGCACAAAACAAGGUUGGUACCUUCACGCUGAUAGUUCAAAUGGAGAAUUUGGUCACACAGCUGACAUCAUCACUCCAGUAAUAUCUCUUUCUGGUCCAAAGUGUACACUGAGUUUUUGGUAUCACAUGAGUGGAGUGACCAUUGGGUCAUUGCAGAUCUUCAGUAAAUUUGGUAAUUCAACACAGUUACUCUGGUCACAAAGCGGUAAUCAAGGUAAUCGUUGGAAGCGGGGAGAAGUAUUUCUUGGAGUUCUGUCUCAUUUUCAGGUUAUCUUAAGAGCCAAGCGAGGUGUGAGUUACAUGGGCGAUAUUACAGUGGAUGACAUUUCCUUUGAAAACUGUGCUUCUCUUCUGAUCCCAGACAGACAGUGCAGCCCUGAAGAGUAUUCAUGUGCUAACAAGUAUUGUAUCCCUAAAGACCAGCUCUGUGACUUCAACAAUGACUGUGCUGAUCAUUCUGAUGAGCAUCCAGUCAUCUGCAGUACAAUUUUGGGGCAUUGUGAUUUUGAAUUUGAUCUGUGUUCCUGGAGACAGUGGAGAAAUGAUAGCUUUGACUGGACCCUUAAAUUGGGAAGUACACCAACAUUGGGUUCAAGUCCAGCUACUGAUCACACACUAAGAAAUCCAACUGGUCAUUACAUUUAUAUCGAAAGCCCAUUCCCACAGCUACCUGGACACUUAGCAAGGAUUUCUGGUCCAUCCAUUAGUAAGAGAAGCAAAGACUGUAAGAUUAUUUUCUAUUACCAUAUGGCAGGAGAUAUUAUUGGAUCAUUAAUAGUGUACCAAGUGACUUUAUCACAUUAUCGCACAUUACUUUUCAACUUAACUGGAGACCAAGGCCAUUACUGGCAGCGAGCUGUUAUCACUCUCAGUGCUGAUGAGGACUUUGAAAUAAUGUUAGAAGGAUGGGUCGGGAAGGGAUCUAAAGGAGUCAUAGCACUUGAUGACAUCACCUUCACAAAGGAAUGCAUCUGUUCCUCCAUUGCACUUGAUACAGAAGCAACUCCACUUCCUCCAACAGGAUCCUGCCCACAAGGUUAUUUGGAGUGCCAGAAUGGAAAUUGUUACCAACCAGAAAAGAGAUGUGAUUUUGUAAAUGACUGCAGUGAUAAUACAGAUGAGAAAGAAUGUGGAACAUCCUGCACAUUUGAAACUGGGCAAUGUGGUUGGAAAAAUUCCCUGGCAGAUAACUUUGAUUGGAUCUUGGGACAGGGUUCAUUUCAGAGUCUACGGCCAGCAAACAAUCAGAGCCUAGGAAAUGAGAAUGGUCAUUUUAUGUAUCUUGAAGCCAACCCUGGAAGUUUGAAAGGUGACAAAGCACAUUUGAGAAGUUCAAUAUGGAAGGAAUCCAGUGUCAAAUGCACUCUGUCAUUCUGGUAUUAUAUGUCGCAAAAAGCUACAGGACUUAUAAGAGUUCUUAUUAAGACAGAUAAAAAUCUCACUGAAGUAUGGAACAAAACUGAGAACUGGAGUGAUAGAUGGAACAAGGGAGUGAUACAUUUGAGAAAGAUACGCAACUUUGAAAUCAUUUUUGAAGGAAUCCGGACCAAGAGUUUUGGAGGUGGAGCAGCUAUUGAUGACAUUCAGUUCAAGAACUGUGCUCCAGAUGUGAGUUUAUCGGGCUUUUGCCCAGCUGCCACUGAUUAUGUCUGUCAAAAUGGCAAGAGUGUUCAGUCAGAUCUGGUCUGUGACUACAAAUCAGACUGUGAAGAUGGAUCAGAUGAAUUUCACUGCUCACAGUUCAUUAAUAUUCCAGGAAGCUGCAGCUUUGAUGGUCCAACUGGAAGCUCUUGGUUCACUAACUGUAGCUUAAUGCAAAAGAAUGAUGACGAUUUUGACUGGACAAUAGGAAGCAAAAGCAGCACUGCAGGAACUGGUCCGGUAACUGAUCACACACCCGGGAUUGGGGGAAUGUUGCUGUACGUUAAUUCUGCAGCUCAGCGUGAAGGUGACAUUGCAAGAGUAGCCACCACCCAUCCAUUUCCAGCAAGUGUUGGAGUCUGUCAUCUGCGAUUCUGGUACUAUACUUAUGGUUCAAAAGAAAUGGGAACUCUAAAGGUAUACAGUGUUAGUGAGCAUGGAAUGCCCUUAUUGAUGUGGUCAGUGACUGGGAACAAGGAGGACAACUGGAUUUAUGCCAAUGUGCUCAUUUCCAAUAACUAUCCAUUUAAAGUUGUGUUUGAAGCUGAAGUGGGUGGAGAUGACCUCACAGAUAUUGCAAUUGAUGACAUCUCUUUCACCCUGGAAUGUAGGGUGGGGGGCGAAUCACUUCCACAUCCACCAGUGACCUGUUCUCCAGAUGCAUUUCGAUGCCUGAAUGGACAUCAAUGCAUUCACCAACCAUGGAAAUGUGAUGGUGAAGAAGACUGUGCAGAUGGAAGCGAUGAAUUAAACUGCCCAACAAUGAUUCCAGGUACCCUGCCUCCUCAGGAUAAGUGUGGAGAUAAAGAAUUCCAAUGUUCUAAUGAAGAAUGUAUUCCAUCAUUGCUCAGAUGUGAUGGAGUUCCGGACUGUCCUUCUGAAGAAGAUGAGCUUGGUUGCUCUGCAAUAUCCUGCUUCAAUGGUUCUUUGCUCUGUGGGUCCAGUAGACAGUGUAUCCCAGUAACACAGCGAUGUGAUGGUGACAUUGACUGUAGAGAUUUCAAAUCUGAUGAAUCUAGCUGCUCAGAAUGUCCUAAUGCCUAUUGUAGAAAUGGAGGAACAUGCAUCAUUAAUAACAGAAUUGCAUUGUGCAGAUGCCUGAGCCAGUGGAAAGGAAAUCGAUGCCACAUUAAGGUCAAACCAACAGGACCUCUCAGUCCUCCUCCAGCACCAAAGAAAGAUGGAAAUGUGUCCACGUGGGUGGGACUGGGCGUUGGCUUAAGUUUAGUUCUGCUCAGUCUCGUCGCCAUUUUGGUCGUACUCUCAGAAAAGAAGACAUGCACGAGACCAUCGUCUGGAACCAAAUGUGAUUCAAUAUCCAACAUUAUGUAUGGUGACGAAAGAGAAAAUAUGAAUGCAGGGUUUGCAGUGGACGACCUUUUGACUAGUCUGGCUAUCAGUGUUUACCCCUGGCACACUUCGUAUAAGAAAGUUUACUCACUCUACUCUGCCAUUGGCUUCAGCAGUGUUCGUGGAAGAUUGCUGAUGCUCUUGGAACACUUGAAAUGCCCACGGUUAAUAACUUCUGGGAGCUGGGGCCUCAGAGGGCUUGCCUGCACACUGCAGGUCACAAACAAGCAGGGAACAGAAGAGAGGUGCAGGACACCAUACCCUCAAGACACUCUGCUGGAAGAAGACUGCAAGAUGUCUGCCAUUACCUGA